UCAAUCGUUUUAACCUCUGGUAUGCCUGAACGUGGAUCAGCGCAAAGCAGUUAUCUGCCGGAACGUGGAUCCACGCUCUCCGACCAGCAGACAAUUUUUUAUAAUUUUCUCUCAUAAAAACGAUGCAGAAGUGUCAAAAUCGCUUGCGUCCUUGAAUGAAUGAAUGUACCAAAUUCUCUUAUACCUGUCUUUAGUUCAGAAACUUGUUCAUUCGUGUCACUGAAUACUCGACUUCGUUGAGAACUAAGUGUUUGAUUUUUUGUAAUUACUGGACACAGUGAGUAUAUUUUUGUGUUAUUUCAAUAAUUUCUUUCAUUUAGAAUAGUUUUCAAUAAAAUCUUAUGAGAAAUUUAUGCAAUUACUAAAAUAAUUAGAAGUAAACGAUUUGUCGGUUAGUUUUUUUUUUCAAAUUUAUUCAUAACUAUUGUAUUUCUUUCAUUCUGAGUGCGUGUUAUAUAUAGUUUUGAAGACUUUUUUGUCAAGAUCUUCAAUUUGCAAAGUGUUUUCGUCCAUAAUUCAUAGUUUAUUCAGAAUCUUUGUUUUUCGAUAGUCUUACCGCAUAUUGAGCGCGGAUCCGCGUUCCGGCUAAGACGUACAGGGUGUUCAAAUUUAUACCACGCACUUUACUUGUUUAUUUACUUUAUUGAGUUGUCCAGAAAAUAUUUUGAGAUAUCUUGCAUUGAACCUAACAAUAUUUUAUUAAUUUAAUUUCAAGGUUAUAAAAUAAUGGUGGUGUACCUAGAUGUUGAUAAGUAUCUCAACAAAGGAGAUUAUUGCCUAUGUCUUCGUGAAGCUAUAUGGCCUUGGAAAGAGACUCAUUUUAUAAAAUUAAGUGCUUGUUUCAUAUGUAAAAAACGCACGAAUUCUAAAAUGCCUCGACAUUUAUGUCUUCGGACUGACAAAAAAAGUACUUUUAAAAUGAUAUUACACGCUAAACAUUUUUGGUGUCGAAACUGUAUGUUUGCCAUAUAUGAACAUUACACAAAUGACGAAUGUAACAUUUGUGCUGAUUUCUAAAUAACAAAAAUUUAAUUAAGUAUUACAAUGAGAAGGUUACUGUUAUUUGUUUAAAACUAAUAAAAAAAUUCACAUAUAAUUAGUUUUAUUCUUUGACAAAGCAAGACUAUACAAAAUGUUGUAGAGGUAAUUUAUUUACAUUUCGACUUCAUGUCUUACAUUAUAAUUUUACCUCCCAAUUUGCUGUUAUUUUAUUUAUUUCUAGAUGGAAUCAAAUGUGAGGAAUACUACACCACCUGAGUGGGAAGCAACUCAACCCAUUGUGGGUAUGGAAAUACAGAUUUCGCCCAACGGUUCUUUGUAUGCACGACCUGAUAAAACCGUAUAUAUGGAAAAAUCCCUAUCCGGAUCAUUACAUGUACUGAGAACGACAGCCAAUGUCGAAGAAUCCUCUGAACGACCUCGAAUCCGGAGGAGGUUAGAUUUAAAUUCUUCACCUGAUCUUGACGCUCCUGGGCCCUCAAAUGAGGUUGGCAGCCAAUUACUGAGAACAAAAGCCAAUGUCGAAGAAUCCUCUGAAGCACCUCGAAUUUGGAGGAGGGUAGAUUUAAAUUUUUCACCUGAUCCUGACGUUCCUGGGCCCUCAAAUGAGCCAGUGCGGAAUGUGGCAAGAGAGUCUUACGAGAUGCAGCAACUCAGAAUGUUAAAUUUUGAAGAUGAAAGCGAUUCUGUUUCACCUAUACCCUCUCAUGAGGUCGUAAAUACAUAUCUGACGUCUGAACUAGCUGAGGCUUUGGCAGUCGAUUCAGGAAGUGAAGAUGACGAAGAAGACGAUCUUGAUGAAAAUGAUUUACGCAGGAUUUUGGAAAUAGAAGAAGAAGGGGAAGAAAUAGAAGAAAGAGGGGAAGAGGAAGUUAUGUUAAAUUAUGAUUUCACGUGGUCUCAAAAUUUCGAAGAAUUUACUGGUACAGAAGAGAGAUUUGAAGUACAGCCAGGACCCACAGUGCAGGAAGAUACUCCAAUUAAAAUAUUUAAAUCCAUCUGGGAUAGGUCUGUAAUGGAAAAAAUUGUCAAAGAAACUAACUACUACGCAUGGCAAAAAAUUGCUGCUGCCGCCGAAGUCGAGGAUGGUAUUAAACCUAAAUCCCGUCUCUAUCAGUGGGAAGACACAACAGUAGAGGAGUUAUACAAAUUUUUCGGAAUUAUGAUUUAUAUGGGAAUAUGCUACAGAAGCAGAAUUGACGAGUACUGGACUACAGGCAUACUAGGCAUGCCAGAAUUUAGAAAGCUAAUGAGCAAAAACAGGUUCCUCUUACUGUUACGGUUUUUACAUUUUGUUGACAACGAUGAACUCGGUCCUAAUAUUCGCGGGUAUGAGCGAAAGGUAUCUAAAGUUGUUAAUAUUGUGGAACACUGCAACAAAAAAUUUGGAGAAAUAUAUAUCCCACACAGAGCCAUAAGUAUUGACGAGUCGCUGCUGCUGUGGAAGGGACGCCUGAGUUGGAUUCAGUGCAUUCGUUCUAAGGCAGCACGAUUCGGUAUUAAAACUUAUGAGCUCUGUGAGGCGGAAACCGGAUAUCUGGUAAAAUUAUACAUAUAUGCAGGUAAAGGUGAAAAUUCUGAACCUAUACAUGGCUUUACUGGCGCAACUUCAAAAGUCGUCCUCAAAUUGAUAGAAGAUUAUCUAGGAAAAGGCUAUUGUCUAUACAUGGACAAUUUUUUUAAUUCCGUUAGUCUUACACGGUUCCUGAAGCAUAACCACACCGACGUUGUCGGAGUGUUAAAUCGACGAAGAGUCGACACUCCGUCAGAUAUCAAAAACUUAAGCGAAAGACAAUUGCAGCGGGGGCAGAUUGUCUCUCGCCACUGUGGUGACGUAGCAGUAACGGUUUGGAGAGAUGUCAAGCUUGUGACCACAAUAUCUACGUUUCAUAAGCCCGAAACUGCUCCAGGCCGCCGAGCAGGAGUCACUUACGAAAAACCCAUUGCAGUCCACAGUUAUAAUAAAUACAUGGGGGGCGUGGACUUAAAAGACCAGAAGCUCUCCAUGUAUUUAUUAGAACGAAAACGAGGGCUAAAAUGGUAUUUGAAAGUUUUUCGGCGCCUGCUGAACUGCAGUAUUCUAAACAGUUAUAUCAUACAUAAAUGUCGCAGCGCAGCAAAUUACAGUCACAGGAAAUUUCGUUUAAUUCUAGCAGAUGCACUCUGUAAGGAACAUAAUAAAAUACAGCGCAUAAGGCCUAAUACCAGUGUGUCGUCCGGAGAUAACAGUCGAAGCUGUAAUGGACAUGUCCCAGACUACAUACCAGUUGACACAACAAACCGGACUAAUAAACGUCAAAAUCGCCAGAAACGAGGACGUUGUGUGCAAUGCCUAGCUAACAAACAACGAAAGGAAACAAACAUAAUUUGCUCGCAGUGUAAAGUGUUCCUGUGUGUAGGCCAAUGUUGGCGUACCUAUCACGAAUUAUGAAUAGACAUAGACAUGCAGAAGUCGUGGUGGCCUAGCGGUAGAGCGCUCGCCUCUCAUACGGGAGGUCGUGGUUCAAAUCCCGGCGCGGACCAAUGAUAUUUUUCAAGUCCGUAUUUUUCUAAGAAAAAUUACCACUGACUUUAAACGGUGAAGGAAAACAUCGUGAGGAAACCAGCAAGUCGAAGAACCUAGCAAGUUUGAGGACUUGUGAUAUCCACCAACACGCACUGGGUCAGCGCGGUGGAUUAUGAUCCUGAUUGGGUAGGCCAUGCUCCUGCAGUGGAGUCGUUUAGAACGAAGGCUGAUGAUGAUAGACAUGCAUUCAUGAAUAUGAAAAUAACUUUAUCGAUUCGAGUCGAUUUGAAUUUAUGUAGCAUUUUUUGUUUUUGUAAUAAAACCAUUCCACUAUACCUACUUA